AUGGCAAACAAUAGGAAGUUGAUGUCCCUCGAGGCAGCGCUCGAGGAGGAACGGAAGGAGGUUGAGAGUCUAAUGUCGUCGUGGCAACAACCUAGAAGAGCUCCGUCGGUUGGCCACCGAUCUCCUUCACCAUUUACGAGUCCUCGAUCGCCUGUUCGAAGCAUGUUAGACAUUGGCGAAGUGUCUAGAAAUGCAACUCGUAGCCCUCCAAUUCGUAGCAUGCUAGACGUCGACGGUCCUCCAAUCCAGACGAGAAGCAUGCUAGAUGUUGGCAGACCGUCUUCUCAUGUCCCGGCAAGCACGCCUGUGUCACCGACUCUCUCUUACAAGGCCCCGGCUUCGGAUAAUUCGAUUCGUGGUAGAAGUAUGUCGGAUGCGGCCUCAACCCCCGUUGUAGACCUUGGGCCACGAUCGCCACCUCUACCGAGUCCAAGGAACUAUGACCCAACAUCUGCAUAUAAGUUUCAUGAUAUAUUGCCAACCAAUGUUGGGCAAGCUAUGCCGAUCAGACGUGGUCAAAAUGCCAUGCGGUCAAGCUCCAUAGGUGAAGCGCUUCGCGGACCUGACUUAUCCAACCUAGUGCUUCCUGGGGAACACGGGCGCUUUUCAAGGAAAACCGACAAGUCGAAGUCACCUAACAACCGGUUUAAUCUGCGCUCAAAUUCACCAUUUGGGAACCCUUCUGGGCGUAAUCAGACACAAGACAUUAUGAUGACAAAUGGUCAGGUAUUGGAUAUGAAUAAUGCUUAUAGGAAAUUGUCGGAUGCCAACUUACUCUAUGGUGGCUCUAAUUUAGCAUCCUUAGCACGUAAGAGGCAAGAAAGCGAAGGGCACGGUCGGCUAGAAAAGGAUAAUCUGAGUCCUUACGGAGAACUGCUCCCAGAUGAAAGUGAUGACGACGUUGGGAACUCGUCCGACGAAGAGAUGCAAAGGGGUAGAAAACUCACUCCGCGCGCCGAGUCGCAUGACUCUGAAGAUGGGAACACAGCUAAGAGUCUACUCGCUGCUAUUGAAGAUGAGCGAAAACAUGUCAAUGCUACUCAGCCUCAAUACAGAUCACUCUUCGAUGAGCCCGAAAUUACGAUUACAAGUCCCGGAGGAGAAAAGGGGAGGCUGGGUAAGGGUGGAAAGCCAGUGGUUCAACCGUCCACUAGUUUUGAUCAGGAACCUCUGUCUGGCACCCAAACACCCUACGAUCCAGAUCUAGAUGCCGACGUCGAUGCUAUCAAAGCUGCACAGGGGCUACAACUAUCCUCUACCCCGAUUCUCUCAACCCCUGAAGUUCACCGCUCCAUCCGAAUUCUCUACCGUGGCGAAUUUACCAGAAUACAGCGAGAGGCAGAGGAUGACCACCGGCGUUUGCGUAAAUACCUAGUGGCGACAGAUCUUAGUGAUGAGUCUACCCACGCGUUAGAAUGGGCCGUUGGAACCGUGCUUCGCGAUGGUGAUACACUAAUAGCUAUGUAUUGCAUGGAUGAGGAGACCAGCGGAUCGGUUGAUGCUAGCAACAUGGUAGCAGAUGAGCCCAAGGCGAUGAAGGAGCAAGCGAUGGCCAUUAGCGCAAUUUCCAAGGGCAUGUCCAGACCCUCGUACCGUACCUCUAGUCCUGGCCCGUUUAAGAUACAAGGAUCUUCGAUGUCACCGCGUGUCCGAGCUAUCGACGGCAAUGGUAGCAAUAACCCCUCCCCGGCGCCUAGUUCUCGCGGGAAAAGCAGAUUACAAGAAGAGAGGGACCGAGCCGUUCAUGACAUUACCGAGCGGGUCUCAAAACUGCUCCGAAAGACGCAGCUACAGGUACGGGUGAUCGUAGAAGUGAUUCAUUGCAAGAAUCCCAAGCACCUGAUCACAGAGGUGAUCGAUAUUUUGAAUCCGACGUUGGUAAUUCUGGGAAGCCGCGGCAGGAGUGCUUUGAAAGGGACGCUCCUUGGGUCUUUCUCAAAUUACCUAGUAACCAAGAGCUCAGUCCCGGUCAUGGUUGCGCGUAAGCGACUACGUAAGAAGAGCAAAUAUCAACCACCGCCGGUGAAGCAAGUAAAUAACUUAUCUAAUCCAUCGGCAAGAAGUCUCGAGACGGCAAGAGUUGAUUAA